AUGCAACAACACAACAUCAUUGGUGACAAAGAUACAAGUGUCAUGACCAGAUCUAAGAAGAAUGUCGUUGAAAUACUUGAGAUAGAUGAGUAUAGUCAUAUAGCUAUGUUGUCCUCUAUUGAGCCGAAACACUACCAAGACGCCAAGGAUGAAAAAGACUGGAUCAUUGCUAUGAAAGAAGAGCUAGAACAGAUUGAGAAAAAUGACACUUGGAUCCUUAUUCCUAGACCAAAUCACAAGAAUGUUAUUGGCUCAAAAUGGAUCUUUAGAAACAAGUUAGAUGAGAAGGGCAUUGUGACUAAAAACAAAGUAAGAUUAGUUUGCAAAGAUUUUGCUCAAAUAGCUGGACUUGAUUAUGAUGAAACUUUUGCUCUAGUGGCAUGA